ACACAUAUUUGAGCAACUUUACCCAUUUAAUCUUAUUUAGAAAUUUAAAUAUUUAAUGGGCCAAAUGAGUCAAAACAUGUAGAAAAUCUUUAUAGUGAGUUCGUAUCUUUUAAAGUACUUGUACUGUUUGAUCACGCUAUUAUCUUUCAUUGUGGUGCACAGAAGUCAAAUUCUCAAACAAAGUGCUUUGUUAUUCAAUUUUAUUCAAAGAUUUUACCAUGCAGCUGCGAUAUAAAUUAUGGAGGGCGCGAGCGACACUGAAAAAUUAGGUGUGGAUUUAAAAGAGGAUGAAAUCAAAGACGCAAAUUCUUCCCUUCCAGAGCCGCGCGGAGGGACAACAGAGUUCAAGGUUUACAAACGAAGAUGGGCAAUUUUGGCUCUUUACCUUUGCUACAACACAAUCGGCGCAUUCCAAUGGAUUCAAUACGCCAUAAUUGCGGACGUGAUAGUUGAUUAUUACAACGUCCCGUCCCAAGCCGUAAACUGGACUUCAGUCAUUUUCAUGGUGGCCUUUGUGAUUGCAAUCAUUCCUGCCACCUGGUUUUAUAACAAAUUCGGUUUGCGGUUGGCCCUUUUACUCGCAAUGGGUGGUACACUUUUAGGGACUUGGAUAAAAGUGUUCUCUGUGCACCCAGACCUCUUUUGGGUCACUUUCCUUGGACAGACGAUUGUGGCUUUGAGUCAAACAUAUGUUUUGAGCAUUCCUGUUCCAUUGGCGGCUACAUGGUUUGGUCCUAGUGAGGUGUCAACCGCUUGUUCUAUUGGACUUAUUGGAGCUCAGAUUGGUGGUGCUUUGGGAUUUUUUAUUCCUGUGGCAUUGGUGCCCGACAAUGGUGACAUUGCUGCAAUUGAAACAGGACUCAGGUAUCUUUUCUACGGCAGCGCAAUCAUCUCUUCUAUAGUAUUUGUGCUUCAACUAAUGUUUUUGCAAUCUGAGCCACCAACUCCUCCGAGUUUAGCCCAAGCAAGUCGAGGAACCAACAAUGAAUCUGUUUUAGACUAUGUCAAGUCAUUAUGGAAACUGUUCAAAAAUGUGCACUUUGUGCUCAUUUUCCUUGCUUAUAGCAUCAAUGUGGCAGUAUAUUCGGCAAUCACCACUUUUUUAAACCAGAUGAUUAUCCCAAUAUAUCCGGACGCUCAAAAUGACGCAGGAAACAUAGGAGUGCUGAUAACUAUUUGUGGAAUUAUUGGAUCAGUCCUUGUUGGUUUCUUACUUGACCAAACACGGCGUUAUAAAGAAAUGAAUAUUAUUGUGUACGCCCUGUCUGCCGUGGCAAUGCUGUGUUACACAUUUGUCCUUAGGUCGGGAAACAUUUCCUACGUUUACGCAUGUGCAGCCUUUUUUGGAGUUACUAUAUUUGGAUAUUUGCCAGCUGCCUUUGAAUUUGCAGCAGAACUGACUUACCCUGAACCAGAAGCAAGCGCGGCCGGGUUGAUGACAUUUGGAUGCCAAUUUUUAUCUGCGAUAUACACUCUUGCAUAUGGUUGGGUUUUCACUCCUUAUGGAGAUUUAGCAAGUAAUCUAUUCAUGAGCUGUUCGCUCAUAGUUGGAACUGUGCUGACUCUGUUUGUCAAGUCUGAUCUUCGAAGACAACACGCUGACGCCCAUGAAAACUAGUCAUUAGAAUUAUUUUUUGGAAUAUGCUAGUAUUCAAUUCAGGACUAUAAUAGAGCACUUGAGCCUGUGACUGUUGUUUUCAA